AUGGAACUUAUUAAUGAAUUCAAAAAAGCAGCAGAAAGUGUUAAAAAUUUAUCGUCAAAACCCUCUGAUACAGAACUUCUAAAGCUUUAUGCACUGUAUAAACAGGCUACUGAAGGAGAUAAUAAUAAAAAAAAGCCGAGUAUUUUUAACCCUAAGGAAAAAUAUAAAUGGGAUGCAUGGAAUGAAGAAAAAGGAAAAUCCAACGAAGAUGCUAUGAAAGAAUAUAUAGAUUUUGUUUUUAUUUUAAAAACAAAAUAUUCUUAA